CUGACGUUUUGACAACACAAAUUUUGGAAAUUCUGCAUUGUAUCUGCAGUAUUUAAUUUGGGUUGAUUUCUAAUAAAAUCAAAGCAAAUAUAACACCAAACAUUCAUUGGAAAUAUGCUGUAAAUUAUAAAACAGUUCAUCAAUUGACAACUACAGUUCUUUAUUCAAAUAAGUGUAUGGUAAUAAGAAGCUAAGAUGUCGGAUAAAAUGUUGACGCUGGGCCAGCGUGUGAUGGUGGUCGGGAAAGACGUGAAAGGCUCUGUUGCGUAUGUCGGCUACCCUACCUUUGCCACUGGGAAAUGGAUUGGCGUUAUUCUUGAUGAGCCGAAGGGUAAAAACAAUGGUACUGUUCGUGGACACGCUUAUUUUACGUGUGAAGAGAACUACGGUGUCUUCGUUCGUCAAACUCAAAUACAGUUGUUGGAUCCGGAAGAUAAUCCUAUGGAAACGUCUUUGACAACUCCAUCCGAAGAGCCGAAGUCUGCUGCGUCUAAUAGACGUUUGAGCAGUAUAACAGUGGCGCAGAGAUCUAGGCCUACAACGGUGCGUCGGAAGGCGUCGCCCGCGCAGACUAAAGCGGGCACUCUGUCCAUGUCGAGUACGAGGCCUGUCAGACACUCCGGUCGGUUGAGCUCGGCUACCAGCAGACUAGCGCCUGUAAGGUUUGACGACGGUUCCAGCUCGCGCACCUCACUGGCCAGUAGCCGGCAGUCGCUGACGUCGUAUGCCUCGCCGACUGCCGAGAGGGCGGCCUCGCCGGACCAAGGGAAGAGGGCGUCUUUUGUUGAGACGGGCUUCGUGGAGACCCUGACUCCUCAGUACACUCCUGGGCAGAGCAUCACGUCGCCGCAGCCCGCCUCCUCCAGCAUGGAGGAUAAGAUAGCCAACAUGCAGGCGCAGCAAGAGAUAACAUCCCUAAAAUCGGAAGUAGAAGACUUGAAAGAGAAACUCGAAACGCUUAAAGUGCGCCGCGCAGAAGACAGAGAGAAGAUACGUGAAUUGGAACGUGUGAGGCUUCAACUGGACCAGGCCAACGAGUUCAAGGCCAAGAUCAUGGAGUCUCAAGCUCAGCUGCAGAGAGAUCUGCAGAGAGCUAAGCAGGAGGUACGCGAAGCCCAAGAGGCCCUCGAAACCCACAACGAUGAGACGGCUGAACUUCAAGAGGCAGCUGAAAUGGCAGCCCUCGACAAGGAGAUGGCGGAGGAAAGGGCCGAAGCCCUGCAGAUGGAGCUGGAACAGUGCCGGGAGAAGCUCGAGGAAGCUACCCUGGAUCUGCAGCUCAUGAAGGCUGAGAUGGAAGCUGGAGGGAAUAUACAGCACCCGUACGCGGAGAGCGGCGCCACCGGCUACGAGAUGCGUCAGCUGCAGCAGCAGAACGUGCGGCUCCGAGACACUCUCGUCCGUCUCCGAGACCUGUCGGCACAUGAUAAACAUGAGAUGCAGAAGAUGCAUAAGGAUCUAGAACAAUACAAGUCAGAGAUAGCGGAACUAAGCCGUACUAAAGAGAAGCUGUCUCUUCGAGUUGAUGAGUUGGAAGCUCAAGUGGCUGACCUUCGGGAGCAGGUGGACGCAGCAUUAGGGGCUGAAGAGAUGGUCGAACAGCUCGCCGAGAAGAAAAUGGCUUUGGAAGACCAGGUGGAACAGCUAAAACAGGACGUAUCCGAACUAGAAGCGUUACAAGAAGUGCACGAACAGCUGGUGGAGUCCAACCGGGAGCUGGAGAUGGAUCUGCGCGAGGAGUUGGAGAUGGCCCACGCUAACACUAGAGAGGCUAUAAGAGAGCGGGAAGCUGCGCUAGAGACGAUCAUGGACCGCGACUCCACGAUACUGAAGUUCAGAGAGCUCGUGCAGAAGAUGACGGAGCAGUACAACGAGACGCGGGCGCAGCUCGAGUCUAAGCAAGGAUCACCAGCACCAUCCGAACAAGAAUCGACUCCAGAGCCAGUGGCCCGAACCUCCCCACCUGUGGACCUUGGCUCCUUGGUCCACCUGUCCCGAGCUUCCACCAGGUCCAUCGACCUUCAGCUGAGGGCUCUAGAGCUGACGCAGGCUCGGGCCAGGGCUGACAUGCUGUGUGCCUGCCUGCCGGACCACUUCAUGCAGACUGCUGGUGAUCACGACGCGAUCCUGCUAAUAUUGUUGCUUCAGAGACUCAAUACUAAAGCGGAGAUUAUACUUGGGCAAAUUAGAGAGAGGUUCCCGCCAGUGAACGUAUGGGACAGAGAGGUGGUGACAAACACACACACAGCCGUACAAUACAGCUUCCGAUGUCAGUUGGAGUAUCAGCUGCAUAUGAUACAGUGCAUAGUUACCAUGUGGAGUCUCGCUCUAUCCUGCUGCACUCCUGAACUGCUCCUCCGAGCAGCCAGCGCCCUACCUGAUGCUCUACAGCAAGAGAGGGCUCUGGACGGCCUGGUGCAACUCCUCAAGACUAACGAGCUCGAUGAGAACUGCUCGCUGGACGGUAUCGAGCGCUGCUGGACCUAUCUCUCAGCGAUGUGGUCAGCCCUGAACCUCUCCUCGCUGGAAGGUGCAGACGUGGCCCGGGAGCCACUGCUUCACGUGUGCAGUGCGCUGGACGCGCUCGCCCGCGCUCUGCACGCUGACGCGUCCGCGCUCACGCAUAUAUUGCAGCAAUCGGACCGCCAACAAGAGCUAGGUUUGCUCCACGAGUCUGUCUGCACGACCAGCGCUCAGUUACAACAACAACUGAAGUGUGUGCGUAGGCGUCUGCCGCCCGGGGUCAGGCUCCACGCUGUGCCGUUAGAUCCUCAGCUGGUAGAACGUCUUCGCGGCGAAUGCGCAUCAUCCCUGUGGCGCUGCGCCCGCGCCGCGUGGCUGUGCGCCCGCGCCGCCUGCGCCUGCGCCGCCACCGCCGGCGAGCGAGCCGACGGAGCACCUCUCCCCCACGCGUCUCUGCUCACUCUGUGGGCGGCUGCCGUAGACAAGGUGUACCAGCAGGAUGACCACGGCCCAGUCCGCACUAUCAAGCACUCGCUGUCAGCCGUGUGCGGCGACGUCGGCAAGCUCGCCAGCUUCGCGCAGGACAAGGAGUACGACAUGAUGUCGCUCACCAACGUGCAGGCUGAGAAGCCGGUUCCGCCCGUGGUACUUCGAGCUCAACUGGUGAAGAAACAGCUGGAGGAGACCAAGAGUCUCACCAUCAAGUUGGAGAACAAGGAGGCUGAUAUCAGAGAGCUGAGGAAGGCGCUUAAGGCAAAACAAGAAGAACUAUCAGAGAUGACGAUCCGUCGCGAGUUAGGGGAACGCAAGCUGAGUACCGCGGCCAGUGCUGCUGAACUCAGGGCCGAACAACUGCAGAGGAGAUUGGAAGACGCCCACAACCAGCUCAAGAGAAAAGAGAAAGAAUUCGAAGAAACGAUGGAUCACCUACAACAGGACAUCGACUCUCUGGAGACGGAACGCGGGGCGUUGCGCGAGAAACUCAAGUUGUAUGCUAAGAGAGGAGGUGGACAUCAUGACUUGGCGUUUUUAACUCUGUCGCCGCCCCCCGCCCGCGAGUACAAGGAGACGCCUGUGAAGGUGACGCCGGGCGUCGCCGCAGGUGAAGUCAACGAGGCUCUGCAGCAUCAGAUCAAAUUGCUAAGCUGGACGGUGGAGCGUGAACGCGCAGCCCGCGUGUCCGCGUGCCGCAAGGCGGAGCGCUGCGCUCUGCGGGCGCUUCGCCCCCUGGAGCACCCUGCGUCCGCCGCCGCCGUCGCGCGCAGGCAGGCCGCGGCACAGCUCGAGAGACAGCUCGCUAGCCUGCACACGGAAUGGACGCUAUUCGUGGCGCGGUCCGGCCUAGUGAAGUUCCCUAGUGAGCCGGGACAGUACGGCCACGCGUUACAGCUGCACAAACAGAAGCAGAGGGAAGUCAGGAGGCAGCUCGAGGUGAAGUUAGCAGCAUUACAAGCGGAGGUACGCCAGCAGUUGUUGGUACAUCGUCCGUGGCGCUGCGUGGAGGCCGACUUCGCAGAGUUCCCUGCGCCUGAACUCGCUGCCGUACUAUCAUCUAAAGCAGUAGACGUGGGUACGAUCAAGUACCCCGCGCCUGCGUCCGGACAGACCGAGGACACGAUCUUUGUCACUCCUGCGCAACUCGCCAAGUUACGAGAAUUGGUAACAGAACUACAAUCAGACGAUGUCAAACUGGAAUUAACUCCUUUAGACAAUACCGUAUGUGCUGCCUAAAUGAACUGAAGACAAAGCGAGACAAAUGUAUACAGAUUGUGAACAAGAGAGCGAGACAUCAUGAUAUUUUAUGCUAGUGUAACGCAAAAUGCUCAAAACCUUUUUUUUAACGACGUCAAAAACCAUCAAAUGGCCCCUCCCUCGCUGUGGGUUAGCAGCGGUGAGGGAGUGUCAGACUCUUACUGACUAAAAACCGUCGUGUCCCGUCGUAGGCCUUUUAUGUACCAGGGCCGCGGUAACUCGCGCGAACAAUCCCGCAGCCCCGGCAGAACCGGCAACCCGGCAAACCUCAGAAAGGUGGUUCUCAGUUUGACCUGUAUGUAUGUACGGUAGACUGCACAUCAGUGGUAAUUGUCAUGCACCUUAACUCAAUAGUAAUAAGUACGAUUUUCCUAUAAAACUGUUACCACUGAAGUUGACUGUACGUUUGUGUGCGAAACGAUUUUGAUGCGAUUUUAGAUACAUUAGUGACGGCGGUCUUUUAUUUUAUUUUUGGCGAGUUCGUUCGCGCAUUGUAGCUUGACCUAUUAACAAAUAGACGGGGCAAUAUUUUUAAUAAAGUUUCAUUGAAAAAUGUAGCCUAUAUUAAAAAGUGGUUUAAUUAACUCUGCUCAUUGUUCCGAUAAAACUAUUUUUUAGUUUUGAGCAUUUUACAUUACUCAUUGUAUACAGAUUGUAAACGAGAAAGUGAGCUAGUAUGACAAUGUAUAUGUAGAGGAUAAUUCGGAUUUUUGUAAUUGUUAUUAAAAUUUGAGUAGCAAGUUUAUUGAAAAUGCAAAUGUUUAUGACUUUUUAAUUAACUUAUGACUUUCGACGUGGCAGGUAGAUUUGUGAAUCUAAAACUAAGCCUAACAUCCUCUUUGUAUCAAAAUAUACGAGAUUAAAUUUCAAACUUUUCACCAGAUUCAUAAUCCCAGUAAAAAUUUAUGUUAAUGUUAUCUAUACUAAUAUUAUAAAAAAAAUUGUUUGGUUUGUAACUCCGAAACUGUUGAACCGAUUGAAAAAAAAUAUAUAUCUUUCACUGUUGGGUAGCUACACUAGCCCUCGAUAUAUUAAUUGUAUCCGGGUAACGGAUGUAGUCCCCACGGGACGCGGAUGAAACCAUAGGAAAUAGCUAGUCUGAUGGAAAUUACAUACCUAUAUGAAACCUAAUUUUCAUUAUUUAGUGAAGUGGAUUAUUUUAUUAGCUUAGUAAAUAAUUAACGAAUUGUAAAAAAAACUUCAUAUUAUAUUCCAGGGUUUAUUAAAUGCAAUUAGAUUUUUUUUAUUUAACUUUUUUAUAUUUUAUUUAAUUUAGAUUUAAAUCACGUAAAACCUACUUUAGGAACAAAAGUAUAUCUUCUUGUAACACUCGUUCAUACUAAUAUUAUAAAUCAGAACAUAACUUUGUGUACCUAUUACCAUUGUACACGGUAAAAUUACUGAACCAAUUUCAAUAAAACUGCGUAUAACGACAGUUUCAACCUUUGUGAAGUUGGGAAAUUUAUUUAGUUCUUAAAGAAAAAUAUACAAUAGACACUUAAAAAAAAUUACUUAAAACUAAAAUGUAAAAAAUGUUAAAAGUUACAAAGAAGUCAGCCUAAUAUCUUCUAUAGUUUCUUAGACCGAGUAAAACCACAGGAAAAAAGCUAGUUUCGCAAUGUAUAUUGUCAUCGAAUAUCAGAAUAGGGCUUUAGUAACAAAGAAACUACUACCUACUCAAAUGAAGUAUAUAUUUACUGCUGUUCCCAA